AUGAAUGAGGUGCCCGAGGAGGGGCAGGCGCCUGAGCCAGAAGAUGAGGUAGAGAAGGAGCCAUGGGAGGAGGGCACCGGGGAGCUUCCAGAGACCUCCAUGGACGUCACAAGGAUUGAGACUUCAGACUCUUCUUUGCCGGCAACGGCGCAAACCUCGCAAAGCCCUCCCGCUGACUCGCCUGGCAGCAACGUCUCGCAACCCACAACCACCCGGCGGCCCUCCCAGCGACUCACGCAGCUCAUCGGGGAUGUGGGGGGUGCUCUUGGCUCUGUGGGGACACGGCUCACGCAGUUAGGAGAAACUAUGAAACCGUCGUCGGAGAAACUGCAGAUCGUUUCCGAGACGAAGGACACAGCACUGGCACAUGCGCAGCGCGACGCGGCAAGCUUCAAUCAAUUUCUGGUGCAAGCGAUGAAGGCAAAUUUGCCGACCGACGCCUUGGACGACACAGAAGACGGGAUGUAUAUGGCCAGGGAGAUUUCGGAAGCCAGGGAAAAGAAGGUCAAUCCUUCAUUAGCGCCCACGCUGGCCGAAUCUCUUGCAGGCAAGCUGGAAGGCCAAUUGAAACCACGCAAGAGAUGCCCCACCGCCCAGCGGAUUGUGACCGAGUCCAUGAGCUUCGUGGCCAGCACCUGGUGGUUCAACAUCUUGGCGUGGCUGCUCUUGAUCCUUCAUUGUGUGGCGCUGGUAAUGAUUGCAGAGAAUGUCCUCGACCCUUGGGCCAGCAUCCCACCGGUCUACUUCGCCUUCUUCCUGCUGGAGCUCCUAAUCCGCGCUGUUGCGGAGGGGUCCCGCAUUUGGCGCAGCGGCUGGGUUGGCUUGGACUGCCUCCUGGCGGUUUUCAGUCUCGCAGAGAUGGCCCUUGGUGGGCACUGCACUUUGCUGGCCGCCAGGUGGCUUCACGCUGUCCGGUUUCUGGCAUGGUGGGCCCCACGGGAAUGCUCUGCUGUGAUUGUCUGCUUCAGCGGUGUCGUCCCUCUGGCAGCUUUGAUGCUAGUUUCUGUUCUGUGGGCGUUUCUCGCCGUAGUUUGGUUUCUCCUUCUCACCAGCGAGAGCGAGUUUUUCGCCAGCUAUGGAACCUCGGUGCUGAGCCAGUAUUAUUUGGCCAUGAACUCGCUGCAAUGGGAGAGAAUCACGGACGUUCUGUGGAAGCCGGAUCAGCUUGCCAAUCAGGUUCAGGUCUACGCCUUUGUGAUUGUCCUGUUCUUUGUGACCAUGCUGGCGACCAACGCCAUGAUCAUCCUCUUCUACGAGGUGGCUGCCAACGCCAUCACAGAGGCUGAGCUGUUGCACAAAUCCAAGAGCAUGCGGAUUUACCUGAUAGGCCUGGCGAGGCUGGAGCAGCGCUUCCAAGACAUUGCCAGCAUGCAUGGUUGCCAGGUGGACUGGAUCACAGAAAGCAGGGUCACGCUGCAAAUGGCGCUGAGGGAGGCUGACCGAGAGCUCAAGGUUUUGAAGGUCACCGCGGAGGAGAGGUGCUGCAGCUCUACGACCACCUGUGUGAUGGGAGCCGGGAGGCGGUGCCAGCCUCUGAGCUUCUCUUUGGGGUGGUCCGCCUCGUUAGUCCGGCUGGGUCCGCGGACUACUUGCAGGUGGACCACUUGCAGAAGCAGUGCAUCCAAUUCACUGAGCUCUCCACCGCGAUGCUGCAGGAGAUCAUGGCAAGUGGCCAGGCUGCCCUGGGCAGCGUCACGGACAAAGUGGAGGCCUUGA